AUGGCCAGACCGCCCAUCUCUGGGAUUUUUCGAGAAAAGCUCGUUCUAGGUGCUAAACUCGAGGUCUUACGAAGUCAAGAAAGCGACUAUGAACGCUUGAUUAAACAGCUUACCGACCUCAAGGCGACAGUGACUCAUGAACGGCGAAAUUUAGAAGAACGGGUCAAAGAACUGGACGCCCUAGGCUUGCCCAUAAACUGGCUUCCAAACGAGCUUAUUGGGCAGAUUCUCGCAAUUGCAGUGGAAUUGGAGGUCUCCGAGCGGCCGGAAUCGUCCCCGAAACCGUUGGUUGUCCCCGUUCUGUUGUCGCAAGUCUGCCGGCGAUGGCGGGAUGUCGCGCGCAGCACACCGCAAAUCUGGUCAAACCUCCAUUUUCGAUUGUAUUCCCUCCGCGAUGUGAGGCGAAACCAAAACUUCGUGUCUCGUUCUGGGACCGUUCCUCUGAAGGUGCGGAUUUGGAACACGGGCGAUGCCAACAGCCAGAGUCUGCUUGGAUUGGGCCCAGCUUCAGAACGAGGCGUUGCUGUCAAUGUAAUCGACAUUCUGAAACCGCUCUGCAAUCGAAUCCAGCGCCUCGAAGUCGGUACUCGAAGCCCAGAGGGAAUUGUCCCAGUCAUCAAAUUUCUCAACGACCCGGCCUGGCCCCUCCCACUACUCGAGUUCGCGUCUUUAUCCAUCAUUUCUGCUCGGCCUCCUCUCUUCACGAGCGCAUCCCGCGCGCUUCUCCGCAACAACGAGCUCCAAACUAAUGCGGUUGCCCCGGCAUUGUGUAACCUCAAGCAUCUCAAGUUUGAAGAGGUCCCUAUUACGACUCUCCCAAGCUACUAUAUCGCCAAUUUGUCAUCGCUAGAGUUGGUCUUCGGCCCUCGCAAAACAGGACCAACUUCCUCCCAUUCGCUAUCUCGAUAUUAUCUCAAGCUUUCGUCUGUUCUUCGGAUCCUUUCCCAAGCCCAAAGAUUGGAAGAGCUCACUCUCAGCAACACCGUCCCGAUCUUCGACGUUGUUUCACCUGACGGCACGGAAGUUUCUGGCCCUUCUGGCCUUGAAGUAGUUCGAAUGCUGCCCGUUAAGCUCGAGCACUUAAAAACUAUCAACUGGAACUACCCGACUGCCGGCGACGUUUAUCGGGUGAUGAGGUUCCUCCAAUGUCCGGCUGUGGAGAGAUUGGAUCUCUUCCUAGAUGGAAAGCACGCUAGGCAAGAUCCAUUGCUAUGGAGAGGUUAUGUAGAAGCGGCAAAUGGGUCAACCGCGUUGCCAAUGGCCGCAAUCCAAUUCCCAUCACUCCGAGACCUUACCUUCCAGUGCCCGGACGACGACUACUCCUCCUCCGCUCUCCGCAAAUUCGCAUUCCCCGUUCUCGAAAAAUUCGAGCUUAUCAACGUCGAUAGAGCCCCUAAAUCCACGAAAGAAGACACCAUUUCGAAGCCAUGGCCAUCCCUCCCUCGAAUCGAAUCCAUUUUUCGCGAUCCACGGCUCUUCCAUCUCACCCACCUCACCCUCUCCUACUUCCAAUUCACGAUCGAUCAUCGGCGAGCUGAGGCUGUACUGGGCUACAUGCCCGUGCUGACCUCCCUCUCCCUCGAUUCAUGCCUCGGGGUGGAGAACCUAAUCCGGGUCUUAGAAGACAAAGCCAUCAUCCCACUUGCCUUCCACAGCCCCUCGCCGUCCGCGAACGCGCGGACACGUCGUGGCGUCAAGGUUUGUCCCCGCUUGGAGUCACUCUCAUUUUGGGGGUGUGAUGAUCUGGACCUCCCAGUUUUGCUCAGUGUCGUGUGUGCCAGGAAAGGCGACGAUAACGGAGCUGCGCUGGGACCAGAAGGUCAUUCUCCUUCUGCGGCCACCCCGAAUGGAGUUGGGACCAGCGUCACGGGGGCAGCUACCACCGCCCCGGGAGGCGGGAAGUCAAGUGAGCAGAAGGUGAUGGGACAAGCCGCGCAGAUUUUGGGGCGCAAAAUUCGCCCUCUGCGUAAAUCUGCGCGGCAGGCUGUGGUGAACGGAGGAGGGGCUUUGGGUGGUGGGGAAGGUGGGAAUGCACCGUCGGUCAACAUCGUUUCAGGCGUCCUCGCAGCCCAGGAAGCACUGAACCCUUCCCCGAUCUCCUACAUUCGGAUCCACGAUUGUCGCUUGAUCAGUGAAGAGGCGGCUCUUUCCCUCAAGGAGGAGCAUGGUGUUACAGAUGUGAUUUGGACAGCCCUUUCGGACGACGAGAGUGUGGACGACUCAGACUGGGAUGGGGACGAAGCAGCCGACGACAACGCCUCCACCUCUUCCGACUCAUCAGAUGCGUCGGACCAUGAACCACUAUCAUCUUCAUAG